AUGAACCAGGCCAAACUUUGCUCCCACUUAGGUUAUGUUAUCAAAGGUAAGAAAACUGAUAAAGGACGAGGGCGAAAUCAAACACGUCCUAUAACACGACAACCCAUCAGUAUUGAUACAUUACGUCCAAAUCAUGUAGUGAAAAAAUUAAUUGAUGAAUUUCUUACCAGUCUGAAAACUAAAAAUUAUGAAUUUAAAGUUGGUAUUGAUGUCAAUCGAAACCGAAGGAAGGUAUUAUCGUCUACGAAUAAAAACAAAAUGAGUAGUUCUACUAGUAGUUUAAAUGAAACCGUCAGUAAAAACAGCAACAAGAAAACAGUGUAUGAUAUUCCUACAACUGUCGAAUUAUUAAAAGCAUUAUUCGAACUUCAGUCAUUAAAUUCAACGUCAUCAUCAUCAUUAUCUACGACUACCUCAAAUGACAAUCAAUGUAAAUCAAUUUGGCUUCCAACAUCUAUGACAAUUGGCGAAGCUCGUCGUAUAUUAUCUACUAUAUUAUAUAUAUAUGAAAAUAUAAUGAUUUCAUUAGAAAAUGAUAGUAAAAUAUUAUUUGAAGAAAUGUUAAAAAUUUCAUUCCGAUUAAAUCGAGUGGCAUUACCACCAUUUCGAUUAUUAAUUAUUCAUAAAUCUCAAUUAUUAUUAUUAGAACGUAAAGAAUCAAAAUUAUUAUUAACAGAACACAAAUCAAUUUCACUUUUAGAAUUGAUUAUGUAUCAUUUAAUUAUAAAUAAUAUUAAUCAAUCAGAAAUAGUAAAUAGUGACUAUAUUACAAGUCAUACUACUAGUAGUAACGAUAAAAAUGAUGAAUAUUGGCCAAUAUGUGAAAUUAAAAUGGGAAUAAUUCCUUCAACACAAUUGAUUCAUCCAUUAAAACAUAAUCAAUUACGUCGAAUUAUUGGUAAAAUCAUACAAACUACUGAUAUAUCAACAAAAUUAAAAAUUAAUUUCAACACUUGUCUUAAAUUAUUAGAAAAUGUAUCUGUUUCAGUUAAUACGGAUAUAUUAGACAUUAAAUCAAUAACACCACAUUUAUCAAAAGUAAUAGAAGUAUAUGAUUAUCCAUUAUUAGUAGCAUUUUCCUACGAUCGUUUAGUUUUAUCUCAAUUUACUAAUAUUCAAUGUUCAGAUGGUCGAUUGGCUCACGGAGUAAUGACUAAUGGCAAGUAUUAUUCAUUGAGUAAUAAAGCAUAUAGUCAUAUGUCAGAAUUAGAAGUUGAUCGUGGUUCUGUUAUUCAAUUAAGAUUUAAUACUCAAUCUGAAACUAUCUCAAAUGAAAAAACAUCAUCUUUUCAAAUGAAUGAAGUAGAAAUUAAAGAAUGUUAUCAAAAAGCGUCUGGAAUUGAUAAAUCUAAAUUCAGUUCAGAAAACUACCAAUAUUCAGCCGAAUUUGAUAAUAAUACAGUUUGUUUAAUGUUCCCACCUAAAGCUAUUGAUUUAAUUAUAUCAAUUAAUGAAUUAAAACAAAAAUCAGACAAUGUUAAUGUGAAAACUAUUGUUGCUAAAGAUAAUACAAUAAGAAGUUAUUUAAAAUCAAAUCUUAAAUCAUCAACUCACAUAAUGCAUGAUUCUCUUAGUUCUGCUACAUUAAUUACUCAGGCUUCAACUUCUUCAUUACCAUCGAUAGAUAAACCUGAAUGUUCGAAUUGUUUAUCAAUUCUUAAUAAUGAUAAUUUGGAAUGUCCAACUUGUACAAAUGUGUUUUGCAGAAUAUGUAUUGAAUCAAUUUAUAAUCAUCCAAACGGUAAUCAUUGUUGUCCAAUAUGUUAUGAACGAGUGGCAUUAUCAGCAUAUCGUAAAUCAAUUAUCAUUGAGAGAUUUGAAAAAGAAGGAAUUUUAGCAUUUAAAUGUUUAAAUUGUAAUACGAUACCGGAAAAACCUAGACUGUGUCUUGAUCCAGAAUGUUCAGCUUUAUUCUGUUAUGAUUGUUAUAAAAAACUAGCUGAACAUCCUUCAGCUAAUACUACAGUUUCUGAUUUCGCUAAAACUAUCAAGUGUCCUCGUUGUAAAAAUGCUGAUAUGUAUUUAAGUUGUGCUGUGCUAUAUUAUACUGGUCGUAUCAUUGAAUAUCAAAUGACACAAGAAUCAGAAUCAAAUGCAAAAAAAUCUGCAAUAACCAAAUCAUUGCCAAAUACUAUAUGGAAACAACGAGCUUGGUUACCUGAAAAAGGAAUAAUAGAAAAAAAUCAUAACCGAAUAAUAUCAGUUAUCAAAUUUAAUGGUGACCAUAUUACAUUUGAUAAUGAAAAAGGAAAUUGUCCAUUAUUAAUAAUAAAUGAGCCACCUGAAUACACAUGUCCUGAAAGUCUUCGACUGAGUUAUUGGACUACUGAAAAUGAAAUUAAUCAAUGGGAAGAUGAUGAUAACAUUAAAUUUUAUCAACAUAGUCAGAGUUCAAUUGCAGCAUAUAUACCACAUUUUUCAGAUUUUACUGCUCGCAAUAUUCGAUUUACUGAACAUAUUAGCUUAGAUACGACGUAUCUUGAUACCACUUAUGACUAUGAUUUUACGACAAAAACUGAUACUGAUAAAAGUUAUCAACGGGGUCUUGAACCCUAUACAAGACCGUGCGGAUGGUAUAGGAAAGCUAUUAAAGUAGUUGGUGUAUAUGAAGAUGCUGUAUGGUUAGGUAAAGACAUAAAUGCAUGGCCUGUAGCUUAUCACGGUACAUCGACGACAAAUGCUUUAGGUAUAUUACGUACUGGUUUACGAGCAGGUGGAAGUGAAAAUAUACCUGUAAUUAACGGUGCUCGUUUUGGUUCGGGUAUAUAUUUAUCACCCAACCCGUCGUUCUCAGGCAAGUCACAAUAUGCUAAACCAGUACGAAAGAAUCAUCGAGAAUAUCAAAUUAUGUUUCAAGUUAGAGUUAAACAUCCUUCAAUUACAAAGCACACAAGCGAUAUAUGGAUAUGCACUAAUCCACAAGAUGUUAGACCUUAUGGAAUAUUAUUUAAAGAAACUUAA